AAUUGUCAUUCGUCAUACAGUCAUCGACAGAUGUCAUUGUUCGAAGGCGAUGGGCGAUUCUUGACAAAAACGAAAAGUAUUUUUUUUUAUAAAUUUAAUAGUCUAGUAAUUAGGUUUAAGAUAUGAAACUAAUUCAAGACUGAUAAACAAAAUCAUUCAUUGAGAGAGUGGUCUGGUGAUUUUUUUAAUUUUUCUGUUUUUGUUGUGGUUUGAGAUAAUCUACGAUGAGUUUCCUUUUUCAAAGAAAGCCCAAAGAAGGACCCAAAGUAGCCGUUAUUGGAGCACCUACAAAUGUAAAUCAUGAUAUACAUGUAACUGUUAAUGAACAAGGUCUUUUGACAGGUCUCCCGUCGGCUUGGAUGAGACAAAUAGGUACCCAAAUUACGAAAGAUGAACAAAGAGAAAAUCCACUAGUUGUCAAGCAAGUUUUGCAGUUUUAUAACUUUUCAAUUAAAAAGGGCAACGAAGAGAGACCUGAAUUUAAGCAUAUAAUUACAGAAAAAGAUAUUGUAGAAGAAUCUAAAUUAAUUGACCUAUACAGUCUUUCCAAAGAUGCUCAUAAAAGUAAAGAUUCUUUAUCAGAUUCUGAAAAAAGUAGUGAUGAACAAAAACCAUCAACUCCAGUAAGGCCUCCCAGGAAAAUAGAUGUAACAAAUUUAGUGCAAACCAAAAAUUUGGCAAAGAACUUGGUGGAUUUAACUAUAGUUGAUGAUAUUAAAAAAGAGGAAGUCGAGUAUAGAGAUAAAUCAAGUUCAAAUACUGAUUUAUCUAAUGAUGAUGUCAUAAGAAGACGUAGUGGAAUGACGGAUGAUGAUUAUAUGUUAGAAAUACGUAAGAUUUGUAACCCAGGAGAUCCUAAUCAAUAUUAUGAACGCACUCAUAAGGACCUAGGAUCUGGUGCAUCAGGAAUCGUUUUUUCUGCCACGUGCAUUAAAACUGGGGAACUAGUUGCCAUAAAAGAUAUUGAUAUGACAAAACAACACAAAAAAGAUUUAUUACUCAGCGAGAUCAAAAUAAUGAAAAACUUCAAGCAUAAAAACCUUGUGAACUUCUUAGAUGCUUUCUUGGUGAACGACGAUCACUUAUAUGUGGUGAUGGAAUUGUUAGAUGGUGGUCCUUUAACAGAUGUUGUUACUGAGACUGUAAUGAAAGAAGGGCAGAUAGCUGCAGUUUGUUACGAGGUCUUACAAGCCAUCAAUUAUUUACACGAAAGAGGCACGAUUCACAGAGAUAUUAAAUCAGAUAACGUUUUGUUGGGUAUGAAUGGUACUGUGAAAGUGACAGAUUUCGGAUUCUGUGCAAACGUAGUCGGAAACGAACAAAGAGAAACUAUGGUAGGAACUCCAUAUUGGAUGGCUCCCGAAGUAGUUACAAGACAAAAAUAUGGUAAAAAAGUAGAUAUUUGGUCUCUAGGCAUUAUGAUUGUAGAAAUGUUGGAUGGAGAACCUCCUUAUCUUCGAGAACCACCUCUUAGAGCUCUAUAUUUGAUUACAGCAAACGGUAGACCAAACAUCAUCAGAUGGUCUAGUUUAUCAGAAAAAUUGCAAAGUUUUAUUGAUUUUUGUCUCCAAGUUGACGUUGAUAAACGAGCUACGGCUAAAGAGUUGUUGCAACAUGAAUUUUUAGAUGAAAAAAUGGAAUUGAAGACACUUACUCCUCUAAUUAGGGCUGCCAAAAAGAUGCUCCACAAAACUUAAAUACAAGAACCAUGUCUUUAAACUGUCCCAAAGAUAUCCGAGAUUAGUCAACAGGUGUAUAUAUUCAUUUUUUUUUCCAAAAAUGUUUAUACAAAAAAAAUAGGUUUGUUUAAUCGAUUUCAAUGUUUAUUCUUUAAAUAUUUGGGUCCAAAUAACUUAUUUAAAAUAAAUAUUGGUAAAAUAAUUGUUACGUGAUGAUAUUUGCUAUUGUUUUUUAGAUAACGUAUAAAUAUGAGGAACAGUUGACAAUUUUUAUAUAUAAUUGUAACAAAAACAAACCUAUAUAUCAUUUAUUACAUCAACUUAAUUAUUUUGAGAAUUCUCUCACUAAAUCAAAUAUAUCUUUAUUCGUAUAUAUAAAGGUUGAUUUUAUUAAUAAUAAAUUCGAAGGUUUGCAGUUCAUUUUCAAUUUAAUUAUGAAAUAUUACAUUUUUUGUAUUGAACUUUUGGGAUCUUAAUAUAACAGAUAUAAGCUUGUUCUGAUUGACUAAAAGUCUUUGGUUUGUAUAUAAAUAAUUAAGAAGUAUAGUGCAAAGCUAUAUUUUUUAUGUAUCAUAUUUUAUUGACCAAAUCCAUUCGAAAUGAAAAUUUGUAGCCAAGUUUAUGGAGCUGCCAGAUAGAAAUGGCUGUCGAGAACUGUAUAUGUGGGAAAAAAUCAAUAAGCGGUGAGAUUUUGGGAUAAUUUUGUUGGUUACAGCACUAGUAACUUUUCUAUUUACAUAUUCAGGUGUCAGAUGAGGUCUCCAGUACUUCCUUUCUUAUACUCAUUUCUAUUGUCUUUUGCCAUCUUACCAUUUCAACAUUGUCUCCAGCACCGUUAUGUGAUUUAUUCGUUUCUUUAUUUUCUAAAGGUGUUUCAAGUUUUUAUUCUUUUUGAGUUCUUACAAUAUAUCUGUACUAACAGCUGUUUUUUUUUGUAUCUGUAUUGUCUUUAUUUUGACUAAUUAAUUUUCCCCAGGUGUUUCACUUUCAUAGCAAAAUAACUUUUCGUUUAUUUUCAUUUUCAGUUCUGAUUAGGGCUCCAGUACUUCCUUUCUUCUGUCUUUUACCAUCUUACACAAUUCAUCUUUAUCUCCAGCUCCGUUAUAUGAUCUAUUUGUUUCUUUCUGUAUUUUCUAAUGGUGUUUUAAAUCUUUAGUUUCCUAAUUUUUCUUUCUUAUCACUAUCAUUCAGUUUCAUUUCUGUUGACUUUCUCUAUUUCUUGAUAACUUAUUUUUGCAUUUUUUUAUUUUAAUUUAUUAUUAAUAUCACAUCAAUUAUAACAGGCUAAUAAUUUUUAUGUAAUCCAGUUUCUAUACCCAAUUGUGUUCUCAGUAAUAAGUUAGUUUUGGUUUUGUUAUUCUUAAUUACUAAAGCAUCUUCUUUUUUUACUAAUAAGUAAUCAAGAGAUAAAUGGGAAGUUUAAGGCAAGUAUCAUUAAUUAAAUUCGCUGAAUAAUAUCACACUUACCACAACCACCUUUUGGAAUAGUCUUUAACUGGAACUUCUGCAGUUUUUGGUGUGACCCUUACAUUCUGGUUCAUGUAUGUGUUUUAGUUUCUUAUUGAAUUACAUGUUCAUGUUCCUUUCAGUUAACGGAGAAAACAAAUUACUGUACUGAAAGCAAUAACAAUAAGACACCGCAGGAUGGUUUUUUAGAAAAUGAAUUUAUACUCAAGUUAGCAGUUUAUAUAGUUAUAUUUCAGCUGGACCACCUUGUAUUGUCAUAAAUCUAGUCUGAAACUGUAAAAUCUACUUUGAGGGGUGAAAUAUUCAAUAGUUUAAAUCAUAAGUUUUCUUUAUAGACCACUUAUAGGUUUUAGUAGACUCUACUAUUUUCUCAAUUUCCCCUUAAAAAUUUAAAUAUCUGCUCUAUCGGUAGAUAUUUACUUGCAUUCCGGUCUCCCUUGGACACCUGGGGGUUUAUCUAGACCACUUUAUUUAGAUAUACUUAUAUAUAAAAUAUUAAACCGAAAGGUUAUGGUUAACUCUAUUUUAGUUGCUUUCAUUCAGGUAAAAUUGUUUUGUACGCUAAACAAAUAGAUUAUAGACGUAUGGUUGGUUGCAUAAUUCAAAAUGGUGGUGUACAUCAUAUUUUCUAGAAGUAUUUUGGCUUCUAUUCCACUUAGUAAUCUUUUCAAUGACACAGGGAUGACUUGCUUUUGUCCUACUUAGUAAUCUUUUCAAUGACAUAGGGAUGAUUCUUGCUUGUGUCCUACUUAGCAAUCUUUUCAAUGACACAGGGAUGAUUCUUGCUUGUGUCCUACUUAGUAGUCCUUUCAAUGACGCGGAUGAUUCUUACUUUUGUCCUACUUAGUAACCUUUUCAAUGAUACAGGGAUGAUUUUUGCUCCUAUGUCCCUUAGUAAUCUUUUCAAUAACACAGGGAUGAUUCUUACUCCUAAAUCAUUUAGUAAUCUUUUCAAUGUCACAGGGAUGACUGCACCAAUGGUAAUAAUAACCCAUCAUUAGCCACUAUUCUGGUAUGUGGUGGAAACUUAUGAAUUAAAAUUGCCCAGGCUAAUCCAUUGGAAUCCAUGGAAAGACAUACAAGUUAACCGUUAUCAGUUUAAGAAUUUUCUAGCACAUUGUUUAUUUCCCCUUUAGAUGUUAAUAACCAUUCCCUGAAUAUAAUUGUAGCUGUCUGAUUUGUAGGUAUGUUGAUAUUAAGUAAAAAUAUGACUUUUGGUAUUUUUUUCUUUACUCAAUUUACUACCUAGAUUAUUUAUUAUGAACUGAAAACAUAAACAGUAUUGAUGUAACUAAAAGUAAUCAAAUUUUUUGCAUUUUUUUUUGUAAGCUUCUAAAACGUAGUCAAUUAAAUUGCUACACAUUUCUUAAGACUUUUCGUAACUUGAAAAAGUAUAUUAUUUCACAUCUAUUAUCAUCAGAUAAGGUUGCUAAAAACAUUGUUGAUAUAACUAAAGUUUUACAAAUGCUUAAAAUUGAAUUUUUUAUUUAUAAACAUUUUGAAGCUCAAUUUAAAAAUACUCCUGCUAAAUGUAAAUUACAGAUACCGUAAAUCAUAAUUUACUUCUAUUUAAAAGUUCCCGUUAAGAAACCUAGUGCCUUUUUAAGAUGCUGUUAAAUCGUUCAUAGUCUCGAGAUCCAAAAGUGGUUUAUAAAUUCAAUUCUGUGAAUAAUAUUUGGGUCUUGAAUUUGUUUGAAUAUGUAAAUGACUUGUAGGGGAAAAACAAUCGGUAUUAAAAAUGUUAUAUUUGAUUUUAAAUUAAAUGAUUACAAUAUUUUCGACCAAAAAAACUUCUUAUUUAAAAAAUUAAUUAAUUCUUCUAACUAUUUAGCUGUAAACCAUGCUGGAAUUGAGUGCAAUUUCCAUUCAUUCCUAUCAUGUGUCUGUUAUUUUCUUCCUAUUCUUCGAUUUUCCUCUGCCAUGUUAAUGUCUUCCAUCCAACUCCUUUUCAUUCUUUCUUUUUUUGUAAAUUCAUUCUUAAUAUUUUUAGGAUUCUCAUUCCUGUACUUUGUAUUUUGCUUUUUUGUUUCUGUGUUCUAAUUGCGUUGAACAAUCUUCCAAUCGCUCCAGUUUCACCUUGUGUUAGUGUAAUUUCGAGGUACUUAAAGCCUUUGACCACCAAUAACUUAUGGAGCCCUAUGACCAGUAUUUCCAUAUUUUUUUUCUUCAAUAUUUCCCCAUAGUAAAAGAAAAGGGUUAAAUAUGAAAAUAAAAGCCCCAUUAGAAAAAAAUUAACGUACCUCUUUCUACAAAGAAGUCAAGCAGGUAACUAUCAGUAAACGAAGUUACCCCCUUUUCACUGGGAGUCAAAUCAUACUAUUGUAAUGUUUUCCUUAUUUAUUUAUAUGAUUUUAAUUAAUAGACAUUAUCUUUUACUUUUAUUUGAAUAAUAUACACUACACUUAACUAACUUAUUAUAAUUCACUUAUCACUAUCAUUUAACUAACUUGAAUAGUUUAUUUAAAUUCAUCGAUUACUUUCUCUUUCGGUCUGUUCACUGCACAACAUAAACUCCUUAUUCCACAAGUUCUAGAAAAAUAGAAAAGUAAAACAAAUAAACCGCUUUGCUAUAAAAACUUAUAUAAAAACAAAGAUCAAACGAAUUCGCCGAAUUUUAAAAUUCUGUUAAAUCCAAGUAGGGCGGAGAUGAGUUCAUAACUAUUAACUAAACCUCCUGUACAUUUUUUACAUGAGGGGUCCCUUUUAAUGUUAAAAGUCCCCUUAAAAGUAUUUAAUGCGUAGAAAAUUCGGAAUUAUAAUGGAAUUUUAGUUGUGACUGGUCACUUUAGAUUAAAAACCUAAAUCGAACAGCGUAAUGAGGAACUCUCAUAUUGUAUCUGUAGUUUGUGUUUAUCAGGACACCCUGUAUAUAUAAAGUGCAAUAAUAAACGAAUAAUUAUAAAUUCAACAACAGUAUAAUCUCGUUGAAAUUAAAAAAUGAUUCCAAACAAGGGCAUUUAAUAAAUUUUAAGUGUGUAAUGUGAUUUGUAAUUUUUUUACUUUUAUCAUGGUAUAGGACCAAAUAACUUUUAUCUAUAUUUUUUGAACUACUGUACGAAUAUUUUGUUACACGAUUUUAUAUAUGGAAUGUACGUAUAAGUGACGUCCCAAUGUCUGAAACAAAAAAUUUUCCAUUUCGAUAUCUUUUUAUUCCAAAUAUUUGCUUGCAAAAAUCGAUUUUGGAAAAAUGUUCAGACAUCACGACCUCCACUGUAUAUUCAUGUUUAAUAUUUUGAUCAUGAGUAUUUUUAUUGGUAAAUUUUUUAUAUAAAUAAAGGUAUGAUAUUAU